AUGUCGAUCACUCCUUAUGCCCUUGCUAUUCAAGCAGCUCCGUUGCUGCACAAGAGAUUCGUCGGGCAGGGCACAUAUUAUACAGUCGGUCUUGGUGCUUGUGGAAAAUACAAUAACGACAACCAACUUGUUGCUGCACUGAGUGCACUUCAAUUUGGCACUCCUCCAAACCCCAACGAAUCUCCAUUCUGUGGUCGUCGAAUAAAAAUCAGGGGGCCUCUUGGUUCUGUCGUUGCUACACUUGUCGAUAGAUGUGUGGGAUGCCAAUUGGGCGAUCUCGACUUGAGUCCUGCUUCGUUUCAGAAAAUAGCCCCUUUAUCGGCUGGCCGCGUUGAAAUUAGUUGGAAUUUCCUUCGUAGACAUUAA